GGAACGGUGAAGUGGAAAAAACCCUGGUCGUGCCCAGUUCACUCGCCCUUUCAGCAUCCACUCUACCCCUGUGGGACAGGCCUAUUUGAUGUCCUGAAACAUGGGCUUAGGCCCAUUGCAGAAUACUAGUACUGUCCAUGAUUUAACAGUGCAUCAGGCUACUCCUGAGGACAUAUUGCGGCGCCAUGAGAUACAUAAGUCAAAGAAUAAAGUGUUGGCGCACUUGGAGCUACAAGAGAAAGCACUGAAAAGAAAAAUAAAGAAGCAGAAGCAGGGGGCUCCUGAUUCCCUGGAGAAAAGGAAGUUGGCCCUCAUGCGAGAGAUUCUAUCUGACCAAUACCAGCUGCAAGAUGUGUUGGAACAAUCCGAUCAAGCCGUGGCUGUGGUGAAGGACCUGUUUGGGGAUGCUCCUCGCAGACACGCAGGUUUCCCUAAUGUAACCAUGGCUCCUGACUGUGACCUGGAAUACUCCCAAAGUCCAAUUAUACAAAAACGUGAUCCUCCCACCCAGCUUUCCAUCCUCAGUGAGUCUGUCAUGGAUUCCCAGGCUCUUAAUGAAAUAGAAGGGGAAAGCUCCUCCUGUCAUUCAGGGGAUAGUGCAGAUGAACAGAAUGUGUUUCGGAACUACAAGUCCAGCAUUGACAUGGACAGGCUUCUCUGUUUACUGAAAAAAGAAAAUUCUGUGGGAGCCUCCCAGCUGUGGGCUGAUGAGAAAGUGAAAACAGCUGCCCCAUCACAGGAAACAAAUGUACCUGUCACUCCUACGACUGCUUCAUUGCCUUUGGAAGACACAGCCCUUAAUGCUACUAAUGUGGUCAGGAGAAUCCAUUCAAGGCUUCAGAAUGAGGAUGAGCAUGAUGAGCACACUCCAGACUCCCCUUACAUUGCAAGACAAGUGCUGAACCCUAACCCAAGGAAGCACAAGCAAGUUUCAGGAAAAGUGAAAAGAAAACAAACUACACAGAUACCAUCUAAGCAAAAGAGGAAUGAUUGUCUUGCUAAUUCAAUCACCCUCAACCUCCCAAGCAGUAAUACAUCCAGCUUGGAUAUCCUGAAUCACAUGAUACGUGAAGUAGAGAAUGAGUUGGAGGAAUACGAGAGAGGUACUGGCCGCGAGGUCCAGAAAACACAGAAUUGUCAGGGUCUCACUGGGUUUACUUUGUCACUGGUGAAUGCUGUCUGUCGUCUGAUGCGCUACCUCAAAGAGAGUGAGAUACAGCUGCGUCAAGAAGUGGUGAUGAAGCAGAAGCUUGAGGGGGUUCUGAAUGAACACAGAGAGUUGAUUGAUGCUCUGACAGCUGAAAUCCUCUUAGUCAGGGAAGAAAGUAUUGCGACACAGAAACAACUACAGCAUUAUAUGGUGGUAACAGAUGAACAGCUCACUUCACUCACUUUAGCAUAUAAAAGCCUCCUUUUGACAGAUCCUAAGAGAGAACAGAGUCCAAACAGUCUUGGAAUUGCAAUCAAAGAUCCAACAAACAUCCAAGAGAGGUCUGUUUUGAAUUCCACUCUGCCCAAGACUGAUACUUGCAGAGACAAUAUGCUCAAAUUCCCACAAGAGGAACUGUCUGUCCAGCAUCCUCAGUGGUCAUGUCCCCCAAACACUGUAGGAGUGGGCAACAGUUUGCCCAUGCAUGUGUUCCAGCCAGCUGUGUUGUUAUCACCACCUAGACAGAAAAGCAGCCACGACUUCUCUCCUCUUCAGAAUGCACUGAACAGCACGGUUCAAACACAUUUUACCUCCCAGGUCUCUCCAUCUACCCAGAACACUGAGAGGACAGCAAGUGGGGGAAAGAGCUCACCUUCCUCUGUGGGAACACACAGCACAGAUGGGGAGAACUGUUUGCUCAUCCAAAGGUGGCAAGUUCCUCCCACAUCCAAGGACUCUGAGAGUUCUUUGCAAUCGCAUGGCCAGCCAGUGAGCAGUAUCUUCUCCUCUUUGGAUCAGGGUCAGGCCCCUGGUGUUGCUGGGGAGGGGGCAAAGCCCAAUGCCACUGAAGAGUUUUCUCAGAACAAAGAUCUGCUGGGACAAAUCGCUGAGCUAACGCGGCAGAAUGCUCUCAUCAAAGCUCAGUUGAGCAAAUUCAAAGACUGCUCUCAAGGGGCAGGGGAUGGCCUGCACCAGCUAGGUACAGUGCAGAAUAUACACACUGCUCUAGAUCCAGCUACCCAGGGACAGACUUUUCCAGGAGUCUCAAAGAACUUGGAGGAGCGAAUAGCAGAGCUGAAUCGUCAGAGUGCAGAAGCCCGUGGAAAACUGCUGCAGCUGAUAGAACAGCAAAAAUUGGCUAGUGUCAGCACAGUCUCUCCAUCAAUCUCUCCUAUUCCACCACCAUCCAUAAAUUGGACUGGAAAUGCAAAGAGGACAAUUGAGGUGUCUGUUCCAGUGGCAGAAGCUUUCAACAGCUCCAAAGAAGGCACUCCUUCCCCUGCCAGUGGGCCCAGUGCACAGAGAACUUCAGGUGCCUCUAGUAAGGCCUGUUCACCAUUAAGCACCUCUUCAGGAAGUGUGAGAUUAACUCCUGUCAAUCAGAGGCCAAAGGUGAUGUCGGACCCCCAGCAGCAGCCCAAGAUCAUGGCUAAAGUCCCCAGUGAGGUCCGAGCGCCGCCCAGGACCCGGUGCCCACUGUGCACAGAGCUCUUCUUAGCCCCCAAAAUCCUGCCAUGCCUGCACACCUUCUGCCUGCCCUGCCUGGAGCAGCUGGAGCCCUUCUCAGUGCUGGGCUUCCAGGGAGAUUGCAGCUCGGACUCCAGUUCGGAUCGAUCGUGCCUCCUCCGGGACCUGCCACAGCCCCUGCUCAGCAUCCUUUGUCCCGUCUGCGACACGGAGGUCGAUUUGCCCCCCGGCGGAAUUCAGGAACUGACCACGGACUACCUGGCCCUGAACGAGGUGCUGCUGGAGACGCUGCAGGCGCAAGGGCACGGGGUGGUGUGCGAUCUCUGCGUGGAUGGGGAGGCAGCGAAGCGCUGUCACACCUGCAAAGCCAACCUCUGCCACUUCUGCAGCCAAGCUCACAGGAGACAGAGGAAAACAGCCUCCCAUGCUGUGGUGGAUAUGGAGGACCUGAAGGGCUACAACCGGAUCGGGAAGCCCAUCCUGUGCCUGUCCCACCCCUCCGAGGAACUGAAACUGUUCUGUGAGCGGUGUGACCGGCCUGUGUGCCGGGACUGUGUGGUGGACAAGCACCGGCAGCACCCUUAUGACUUCACCAGCAAUGUCAUCCAUAAGCACGGUGACUCCAUGAGGGAACUCUUGAAGAGCACCCAGCAGCAGGUAGGUGCCCUGGAAGAGGCACUGCAUCAGGUUGAAGGGGUGGGCAGCACCAUCCGCAGUCAUGUGGAGGCAGUGGCUGCAGAGAUCCAUGCGUUUGCAGACGGAUACAUACAGGCUAUUGAAGAGCACCGGGACCGGCUGCUGAAGCAGCUGGAUGACUUGAAGGUGCAGAAGGAGAACCUGUUGCACUUGCAAAAAGCACAGCUGGAGCAGCUGCUGUUGGACAUGAGGACGGGGGUGGAGUUUACAGAACACCUCCUGACCAAUGGCUCUGACCUGGAGAUCCUUAUCACAAAAAGGGUGGUGGCGAGCCGGCUGAAGAGGCUGAUCAGAGUGGAUUACAGUGUGCACCCUGGAGGGGAUGAUGGGAUCCAGUUCUCUCCCCAAGAGAAGGCUGGGCAGUACCAUGGCUAUGAGGUUUUUGGGGCUGUUCUCAACAAGGCAGUUGAUCCAGCCAAGUGCAUCCUGCAAGGGGAAGAUCUCCACCAUGCCCGUCAGAAUCAGUCAGCCAGCUUUACUCUACUCUGCAAUGAUGCGCUGGGGGAGCAAAUGGGGAGAGGAGGAGAGUUCGUCAAGGUCACGCUUGUUCACAAGGAUAAGAAGGACUGUGCAAUCAAGCCAGCCAUCUGUGAUAAUGGCGAUGGGACCUACCAUGUUUCUUAUACCCCAGAGGUGCUGGGCACAUACAUUGUCUGCGUCUCUGUCAAAGGGCAGCAUGUGCAGGGCUCUCCAUUCACUUUAACUGUGAAGAACAAAUUCCGCAAGCACCAGGGUGUGUUUCACUGCUGCACAUUCUGCUCCAGCGGAGGCCAGAAAGCUGCUCGCUGUGCCUGUGGUGGGACCAUGCCAGGUGGAUUCCAAGGCUGCGGCCAUGGACACAAAGGUCACCCCGGCUCUCCCCACUGGUCGUGCUGUGGAAGAUUUGUUAAACAUUCUGAGUGCCCAGGUGGGCCACUGGGUAAGACUCUGCAGCGGAGCCUGCUCAGAACUGUAGCACUUUGACAGAUGACUAAGUCCCCACAGACCUGGAGUGUCUCUGCUGGCUGGGACUCAUGCCUGUCUCAGCAGGGUUACAGAGACGGUACCUGUUGCCAGGAAGCACCUUGCUGAGACAGAACUGCAGUGGGGUGUGCUGGGAAAGAGAGACCUGUUAAAAUAAAUACGUGCCUUAUAUUUUGCCUGGGGGAUAUCUGUGAGCACUUGUUUUCACAUGUGGUUAGAAUGAACUGUGGGAAGCACAAUGUUGACUUCUGCUCAGUGAGAACACGGAAUUUGGUAACUAGGCACUGAACUCCAAUCCUAAGUGAACGGUCAUGGGGAGGAAGCAUCAGCACAUACAGGAAGGUGCAGUUACCUCCCAGAGGGUCAAGACACAUCUUGUUCUACAGGGUUGACAUUCUCUGCCUCUGCUCCCUUUCUCUGUUCUCAGCACAUAGUUGUGAAGAGACCAAAGGUCCUGGUUUGGUUGCAUUCCUAGAGCUUUUCCAUACAUGCUUAGGAAAGGCUUGGCACAUGACCUAUUGCUUCUGCCUCUGCCAGACACGGUGCUCGAUUCUGAUCUCAGUUGUGUGGAUACAUCACAAUCGCACUCAACAGAUCCACUAUUUUGCCUGCAAACUGUACUCUCCCUCUAGGUGUGCUGCCUCAGCCUGUGAUCUUUUUAGGUCCCACAAACUACACAGGAUCAGGCUAGAUUGAUACCUGGUUAUGUAAAAUCCAAGGGAAGCCCGUGGGACUGGAGGAGAGGGUGUUGAUGAUUAAGUUAGAGGGUGCAUUACCAUGUGAGUCAGUGCAACACCUGUUCCGCACUGUGUGUGGCUGGAAAUGGAAUGAGAUACUGAAGUGAAUGCACCUGUUGCAUGUGAAGAAGCUGGGGGCAAUCUGAGUGCUCAGGUAUGCCUCCUAGCAAGUGCCAGAAGAGGAGCUUGCACAGACCUUUGGCCAGUGCAGAAAACUGGCAGAAGAAAUUACCUGAACUGAGCCAUGCCCCUUGUUUUAAAUCACAUCAGCUUCUUGCUUCUGCUUUGUUCGUUCCUCUUUGGCAGAGUCCCAUAGAGUUUGUGCUGUUUUUCAUCUGCAGGGUGGUAUUACAUUCUGCUCACGCAUAGCUGGGAAAGCUAGGAAAGAGAAAUGGCUUCCCCUUCUAUGUAGGCCACUGGAACAAAUGCAGCCUGGGCUCACAGCAGCAGGAUGUCAUCGUAAGGCUGAACUGUGACUACAUUUGGAUUUCACCUACUUGCCUAAAGUGCUUGUUUAUAACGGGUCUAAAUGCUCAGGGGUUACCCAGUGUUUUGUGGAAUUAAAACUUUUUAGCAUUCACAUUUAGUGACUCUGUUAUAAAGUUACUAGGGACUUUGGUUUGUUAGUUAUCUUUCUACAUCCUAAGUCAGCUGAAUGUGAGCAGUGCCCCAUUAAGCUUUGGGGUUCCAGCCCCUCAUAUCCCAGUUGCUAGUUCCCCUACUCUGCAUUAAGUCCCACAGCUGCUGUCUGUGUGUGUGCUGGGCCCAUGCAUUGAACUAUUGGACCCUUAGGAGUAGGGUAUGCUCUAUGCCCAGACUUGAACAAUCUGUCAUACCCAGGCAGGUGUGCCUGGACUCUUAUCACUUGCACAAACCUUGUGAGGAGGUGGCAUAUUAGGGCCCACCACAGAGGCAGCUGGGGUUCCUCGUGCCAUCUAGGACUGAGAAGGGGAACUGCUUGAGGUGUGGACAGAAAUGAGCCAGUCGGUUUUAUUGAGGUAGGGACAGUACACAAGUUUACAUAGCAACAGUUUGAUUCUUGUUUAUGAAUAAUAACUGUCAUAAAUAUUAACUAAUAAAAAAUGGU